UCAUAACAAAGGUAUAAUAUUAAAAUAUACUUUAUAUAUAAAUUUUUUUUUUCCUUCAAAAUAGACACUUAACAAAACAUGAUCGUAUUUGAUAAAUGUAACGCAACACGGAGGAAGUACGGAGUAUAAAAUAAUAUAAAGGGCCAAGAUUCGAGAACGUAAGGUUUCCUUCCAAUCCCCAUUUCCCUCCCCAAAAUCCCCAUCUCUCUUCUUUCCCCCGCCACCCCACUUUCCCUUUUUCUCUCCUUUCAUCCUCUCUUCCCAAAAACUUCAUCAAAUUCCUUAAAUCUCUCAACAAUAAACCAAUUCAAAUUCACAAAAUUCGUAGACAAAAUCAAUCAAUCACCCCAAAAAAUGCAUAGAUCAUCGAGCAAUACAAGAGUAGCAGAUGAAUAUUACAGAAAUUCAUCUUCCUUCUUUUCAUCUUCUCCAUUACCAAUUGAUGGUGAUGCAAAUGGGAACACCAAUGCAAAUCUUUCCAGUUUAUAAUCCUGGAUCUCAUCCCGCUAAGAAGGAGAAAUCUCGCCUUAGAUCCGCUGAAAAUGCUAUUCAUCUUAUUCCUCUUGUUCUUCUUCUCUGUGCUGUAAUCCUUUGGUUUUUCUCCAACCCAGUCCUUCUCUUCCCGUUCUUCCUCCUUCUCUUCCCGGCGCAACACGGCAGCAGUCAGCAGAACGCCAGAACACGGUGGCAGUGGCUGCGCACCAGCCACUCACCCAACAGGCCAGCAGACCCACCGUCGUCCGUCACAACACUGACAGCCUCACAGCCGUGUAUCGGUGUAUGUAGCAGACUAGCAGUAUAUACCUAUUAUACCAUGAGUUUAGAGUCAUUUUGGAAACGUGCCGGGAAGUCACAAAAGUCUUCAACUUGUUCUUCACCUAGUUCAAGGGAUCCUCCAAUAGAAGAACAUGUGUCUCCUAAUGAUGAUGAGGUUCCUAUUGCUGCAACAAUUCCACCACCUGAGAACACAGGUCCAAGUGUUCCAAAUACUACUGUUGACUCCGAUGAUACUCGCAUUUAUGAUGUUGAUCUUCUUCCACAUGACCCUGGAAAAAGAAUUCCAAUUAUGGAGUAUCCUCCUAAUGAUCGAGAUGUCGUAAGGAGAGGCUAUAUUACAAAGAAACGUUGUGAUCCACGCACACAUAAUUUUCCUCAAAGAAAAGUUGGAGGUAUGCGCCGUUUUAAUGUUACUUGGUUUGAUAAAUAUGAGUGGCUUGAAUAUAGUGUUGAGAAAGAUGCGGCUUUUUGUUUUGUGUGCUAUUUGUUCACUGAUAAAGUUGAUUAUUCUUUGGCUGUUAAUGAUUCCUUUAUUAAAGGGGGAUUUAGAGGAUGGAAUAAGACUGGUAGAUUUGAUGUUCAUGUGGGUGGUAUUGGUAGUUUCCAUAAUCAGGCUAAUGAGAAAUAUAGUAUGUUUAUCAACUCAAAGACAUCAGUUGCUGAAUCUCUUUGCACUUAUUCUAAGGAAGCUAAACUACAAUACAAAUCUCGCUUGACUUAUUCAUUGAAAUGUAUUAGAUUUCUUUUAAAUCAAGGUUUAGCUUGUCGUGGGCAUAAUGAAAGUGAAGAAUCUUGGAAUAGGGGUAAUUUUCUUGCACUCUUAACAUGGUUUUCAGAAAAUAAUAGUGAGGUAGCAAAAGUUGUUCUAGGUAAUGCCCUGGGAAAUAAUCGAAUGACUAGUCCUUCAAUUCAAAAAGAACUUAUUAAUUGUUGUGCCAAAGAAACCACUAGACUUCUUAUUGAUGAUAUUGGAGAUGACUAUUUUAGAAUAAUGGCUGAUGAAUCAAGUGAUGUAUCUUAAAAGGAACAAAUGGCCCUUUGCUUGCGUUAUGUCAAUAAUAAAGGGAAGAUAAAUGAGAGGUUUCUUGGAAUUGUACAUGUUAAGGAUACUACUGCUUUGUCACUAAAGAGUGCAAUUGAGUCUUUGCUUAUGGAAUAUUCAUUGAGUUUGUCUAGAGUUCGUGGACAAGGUUAUGACGGUGCUAGUAAUAUGAGGGGGGAGAUAAAUGGUCUCAAGACUUUGAUCAUGAAUGAAACAAAACAAGCCUAUUAUAUUCAUUGUUUUGCU